UCGUCUUACCUUAGCUCUUCAGUACGUGGAAAAGUUGUUUAAAUGUAAACUUUAGUCUUAUCAUUGCGUGUAAAAGGUGAAGAAUCACAACGAUCCAGAAGGGAUCUUACCUGCUUGCUGUUUGUGAAUAUUAGUGAAAAAUCAACAAAAACAACGACGGCCUUUCAGAAUAAUUGCAUCAGUGGUCUUAUCGGUGCGUUGCCCUAAAAGGUAAAGAUCGUCACUGCCGCCGUGAGUGUCCAGAAUUGCAAACCGCAAGUGUCGCAAGUGUCGCAAAGUGUCGUACAAAUUCGCUAUACUACGUUCGGUGCCCGUGCGAAUAGUGUACAAGAGAGCUUUAGAGCUUGGUGGAAUUUCAAACCCCGCACCCAGGUUGGAAGUUUAGAAGAUCUCGUUUAGGGUACGUUUCGAUGCGGAGCAUAUUCCGCUGCCGUGUGUGAAUUUUGUUUGGUAGCGGUGGUGCUGUGUUUUGUUGUUUUACCGGUUUUUGGUUCAGUGUGCCCACGACAACUCCUCGCGCAGUUCCAAUUAUAACGGCCAAAUACCCAAGAAAAUAAACGACCUCAUGAGCUUUCGUUACGGUGGCUUAUCUUUCCGUGGGUCUGUGGGUAGUUUUUACACGGGUUUCUCUGGUGAUCUCUGGCCUUAGCACUUUCAAACAGGCUGUAGGCGUUGUUAAAAUUGUCGUCCAGUGAAGGGAUUCAGAUAUUUGGAUCACUUUCCUGUGCUGCUCAGUAGCAGGAACUGAGACCAAUCUAUACCAAUACGCUGUUGGAAUACCACUUCUGAAAGAGGGACAACGAAUGAAUUCCCAGCAAUAAUACAACGCCCCAGUUGUUACCAGCUUCAUAACUUCAACAGCAGAAUGAAACCUCAAACAAGAUUUCAAUUACUCUACACAUGUCUAGUCGUGGGGCAGCUGAUCGCCAUCGGCUAUGGUGCGGAGAUUAUGACAGCAGGCAUUGCUGGUGGAGGAAUAGCAUCCAGCAACAAUCGUACAUCGUCUAGUCAAUCUGCGUCAGCACCAUCCGCCUACCAAAGCCCAUCGUUGAGGACAGUGCGUCCAUCUUCUAGUUUUAGCAGUAGCAUUAUUACCAACAUUACCACAGACUCCGCUACCAACACAUCAGCCACCAUUAGCAGUAACAAUCGAACAAAAGACGACCUGGCGCAGGAUGCACGGGAUGCAUUCGGGACGGCGUGGACUGCACGGAAGUUUGUCAACAAACCGAUCUAUGAUCGAAAAACAGCGUUUGGCAAACGUUUCGAAGGUGCUCUACAACCACGAACCAGAGACCUGGGAGAAUGGCGAUGUCCGAAUGUGUCUGAGGGCGCUAAUUUAGAGUGCAGCUGUGACUUACCGCAUACGUUACGCUGCAGUGGUGAUUUACAUGGGUUGGAAGUGAUAGCAGACAGCUUGCGUCGUUCGCCAUACGAAGUAUCGUUGCUGGACUGUACACUCAAGAACGUGACCAGCAUCAGUGAUGCGAACAUCUUCCAAAAUGUGUCCCUACAAGGCUUGGUGAUCUCGUCCGGAGAGAUUAAGCGAGUGCACCGGCUAGCAUUUGUCGGUAUUCGAACGCCACUGCAAGCGCUCGGUCUACCCAGCAACGCCCUGGAAAGCGUCCCUGUUCAGUCUCUCGGUGCGGUUGGGCAACUCGAUCGUUUGGAUCUUUCGUUUAACAAGAUUAAAGCGCUACAAAAUGGGGAUUUCUUGACCGUACCGAAAUUAUCCUAUCUCGAACUGAGCAGUAAUCAAAUAUCCUUUAUUGCUGCUAAAAGUCUGGUGCCGCUGAAAAAUCUGCUUCACCUGAAGCUAAACGGGAAUCGGCUGGGGGAGUCACCUGAGAGUCUUAAAGCGUUGACAUCUUGCUUCAGUCUGAAGGAACUGCAUCUUCAUUCGAACAGAAUCCGAGGGCCCUUGCUGAACACGACGCUACCACGAAUUCGUGGGCUAGAGAUUCUUUAUCUCGACAAAAACACCAUCUCAAGCAUUCACAACGGUGCACUGGAGGCGUAUCCCUAUCUGCAGAUGCUAUCUCUACGUAGUAAUCAAAUCGAUGUUUUACAAGAUCACGCAUUUUCCGGUUUAGCUUCGCUCCAAAUGCUUGAUCUUGGACAUAAUGGGAUCGUUACCAUUUCGGACGCAUCUCUCAAACAUCUACCGCGACUCAUUAUCCUUGAUCUUACACACAACUUCCUGCGUGCGCUGACGGCCGAUGUGGUUGCACCGCUACCUGCCCUGAAGGAGCUCCGACUGGACGGCAACGAUAUUUCGCUGAUUGCGGAGAACGCACUGGUUAACGCGACGCAACUCCACAGCCUAUCUCUGGAGAGCAACCCACUCGUGUGUGAUUGUACGAUGAAACCAUUCUUGCAUUGGUUGGCUGGAGUGCGUCCUGCUUCGCAAGGCAUUCUGGGAGCAAUAUGUGCCACUCCUCCGUAUCUGGAGGGUGCCGAUCUGUUACAGCUAGCACCGGAAACGCUUACAUGUGGCGAGGGCAACAACAAGCAGCAGAUGGACAACGAUACUUUCCAGACGAUCGAGGUGAUGCUGAAGCUGAAGAAUAAUGCAUCGUAUGUGCGAGAUGUUGGUGGCGAGAUUCGCUUGAGAGAAGUAAACUUCACGGACGAGAGUGACGUUUUCUUGAGCUGGCUGCUAGGCACGGAUGAUUAUUCCUGUCGGUUCGUGUACGUGUUUCACACGGAUGAUCCGGAAACAAUACUGUUCAACUCGGAGGUAUCUUGCGUCGUAAAACCGGAAGCACCUGCUACGACUAUGGAGUACAUCUAUAGCGCCAAGCUGCUGGGAGCGUACGAUUUACAAAGCAAUGUCAGUUACAAAUUUUGUCUAAUCAUGAAGGAAGACAUCUCAAAGGAUGAAUAUCUUGGUGCCUGUAAGGUGUCCUCAUUACCCCGUCCCCAGAUCAACACGACAAAACAGAAGUCGGUAAAGAAGGAACUGCAAAUUAGCACGCGCCAGACAAACGAGUCGGACAUUUCGGACUUUGAUCGCAUCUCCUCCGACUUUCGGCAUGACGAUCGGAAUCGGGACGAGCUGCUGAAGGGUAAUGCAGACGAUGAGGAUGCCGUGCAAGAUGCGGAAGAAAGCGAUCGUAUCGAUCAUGCCGUUCCGGAUACGCUCGAUUACAAUGACGACAGUGACGCGGAUAAUGACAGCGACGAUGAUGAGGAUAGCGAUGAAAGUGUCGGUGUGCUAUCGAACCACAUUCGGGACGAUCCCGAUUUCCGCCAGCUACAGCUAGCGGCCGAAGCGGAAGCAGCACGUCUACCCUCAGUGCACGGUGGCCGUGUGCUUCUUGAGGGAUUGGGCACGAUCAUCAUUAUCACCAGCUUGGUAGCAUUUAUUUGGGGUCUGGUGCGCUUCAAGGGCGAACACCGCCACCUACCCUCGAUGGCGAGCUGUUAUGCGGUCGACGAACGGAGACGUAGCUCACACCAGGACGUAGAAAGUCGUAGCCGAUACUUUAAGCUACAGGCAACCACCAGUCUGUGAGGUGGUUUUUCCGUUGAGCACGAUGUUUUCAACUGUAUACGCCACCGCGGUCAAAGUUCGAUCGAUUUCAACCGUGCGGAGAUGGAGAAAUGCGAACAAAUUAUGUAAAUUGCUGUACAUAGAGAUUUGAAGCGUGUGUAGUCGGUAGGAAAAGGAUGUUAUUUAUGAUAGUCGGUAAGUCCGGUGCACGAAAAAUGUGUGACCCCGAGUGUAAAGAAGGCGUGUAUAAUGUGUUGUGUUCGUUUAGGGAAAAAUCGUUAAAUUUCUGUUGUAUUUUACACUUCAUGCUGCUAUUAAUCAUAUUGUGCCAUGUGGGGACAGUUUGAGACGCGUUUUCUGGAAAGGAAAGGUACCCAAAAAGCGUGCAAUGUGUAGUAAAUUGCACCUUUUUGUGAGGACGAAAAACAUUUCAAAUAAAAAAAGAAAAACAUACCGUGGAUAUUAAACAGCCUCAUAGAAUAGAGCGGUGCAUGCAUCGUGCCGAAAGUAGUAAACUCAACAGUAGUAGUUUGGUGUAAUCGUAUCGCAUAUAUUUCUCCACAGCUCUAAAUUUCCAAAAACCCCUUCGGCCAGGGUACC